CAGUCACAGCGCAGACCUGCUCCUCUCCGGACCGCGACCAGGAGACAGCGGACCGCACUCACACUCACGCACUACCCGCGCUUCGGUGACAGCUCCCGGCACGGAACCUACUCACUCACCCGCUUCUCUCUGGUUCUCCCGGACCUAGUGGACCUUUAGAUUUCUUUGCGAUUUUCCUCUUUUUUCUGGCUUGUUUUAUACUUUCUCACAAGAUACAACCACACUACCGAGAACCAGCUCCACGUCCGUCCCACCAGCUUCGUAACUUGCGCGGAGGAUGCUACAGCCUUUGAGCCGCUGAGCUAACGUUUCCCAGCAGCGCGGGCAGCCUGUCAGAGUGACCCGGUCCGAGUGGCUCUUCUUCGGGGCACUUGGCAGCGUGUCCCCCCCAUCGAGGAGCGGUUGUCACGACUGAAAAAGUGGACAUAAAUUGUGAGCGGAACACACGGAAUAACACUUCUUUUCCUCUAUUCGGGAUUGUUUGACUUAUUUUACCCGCCUUGUGGAUUGUUAUUUAGGGGUAAAGUGCUCCGUGCGGACAGCGGGCGGGAGCGGAGCCUGUAAGCCGGGCUGGAGCGCUCAGAGGCGGGCAACUGCGUGGGGCUUACUCGGUCCAGAGUUCAGAUGGGCGGAGUCAUGGCUGCGUCCUCCUCCCUACAUCACUUCCUCCUCCUUCUCCUGUCCUCCAUCUUGUUUCUGACCUCCUGCCUUGCCGCGCCUACUGACAUUUUGUACCGUGUCCCUGAAGAACAACCCCCGAACUCCCUUAUCGGCAGUUUGGCUUCUGACCAAGGCCUCCCCGACAGCGGACAUCUUUACAAGCUUGAAGUGGGCGCCCCCUAUCUACGAGUCGAUGGCAAAACGGGUGACAUUUACACCACAGAAGUCCCGAUCGACCGUGAGACCCUAAAAGAUUGCCGUAACCUUUUCGAUGAUGACAAAUGCUUCUUGGAAUUCGAAGUCUCCAUAACAGACAUGGUUAAGGGCAUUGGAUCGGGACCUAGGUUGAUAGAAGGCCGCAUCGAAAUUUUGGACAUUAACGAUAACACCCCGCAAUUCUCCUCUCCCGUUCUGACGCUGUCCAUACCAGAAAACACGCACGUCGGAGCGCUGUUCUCGAUCCCGAUGGCGAACGACAAAGAUUCCGGCGUCAAUGGAGUGGACAGGUAUUCACUGAGCACCAGAGACGAUUUCGAGCAGCUGUUCAGCCUGCAAGUCGCAACGGAUUCAGACGAGAAAGUGCCGCAGUUGGUGGUUAUGGGUAAUUUGGACAGAGAAGCCAAAGAGUCGUACGAUAUGAACAUUCUGGUGGUGGACGGUGGGACGCCCGAGAGGCAGAGCAGCGCCUUGUUGAGGGUGAUCAUAACGGACCAGAACGACAACGCGCCCAAGUUUGAGAAGAGUCACUACGAGGCCAACCUGCUGGAGAACAGUCCGCUGGGACACUCCGUCAUACAGGUCCGAGCCACUGACGCCGACAGUGGUGUGAAUGCUGAGAUCGACUACGCCCUCCACCAGGCGUCUGACACUGUUCAGCGGCUGCUCCGGAUUGACCGCUCCACUGGCGUCAUCUACGUCAAGGGCCCUGUGGACCGUGAGGAGGAGAAUUUCCUCAAGUUCUUCGUAGUUGCUCGAGAUCGCGGUCCCAACUCCAAAAGCUCCAAAGUUUUAGUCACCGUCAUCAUCAAGGACCAAAAUGACAAUUUCCCUGCUAUUGAAAUCCGCGGAAUCGGGCUUGUUACGCACCACAACGGCGUUGCUAAUAUUUCUGAAGACAUGCCCAUCGGAACACCGGUUGCCUUGGUGCAAGUUUCUGACCGCGAUGAGGGAGAAAACGCUGUGGUGACUUGCGUGGUUGCUGGCGACGUACCCUUCCAGCUUCGCCCGGCUAGCGAAUCAACAAAUGAUCGCAAACGGAAAUACUUUCUUCAAACCACAACACUUUUGGAUUUUGAGAGAGUUAAGGAUUACCGUAUUGAAAUUGUGGCAGUUGAUUCUGGAAACCCUGCUCUCUCUAGCACCAAUUCUUUGAAAGUGCAGGUCACAGAUAUUAACGAUAAUGCACCAACCUUUUCGCCAGCGGUCUUCGAAGUGGACUUUCAUGAAGAAAACCAACCAGGGGAUAAAGUUUUGGAUGUUAUUGCUGCAGAUGCAGAUAGUGGCUUGAAUGCAGAACUUGUCUAUAGCAUUGUGGAUGCAAACGCACGGCGGCUGUUUGAAAUCGAUUCAAGUACUGGGGAGAUUAGGGUUAAAAAUCUUUUGGACAGAGAGGAAACAGAGAGAUACGAAUUCCGUGUUGCCGCAGCCGAUAAAGGAGUACCAAUCAAAACUGGUACUGCAACUGUUGUUAUUAAUGUCUUGGAUCGCAAUGACAAUGAUCCCAAAUUCAUGCUAAGCAGCUAUAGCUUUUCCGUCAUUGAAAACAUGCCUCCGCUGAACCCUGUUGGCGUAGUAACUGUUUCAGAUGCGGACAAAGGUGAAAACGCAAGAGUUAAGUUGUUUGUUGAACCAGAAAAUGGAAAAUUCUUCAUCCAAAACGGGACAGGAACUAUUUUGUCCAGUAUUUCUUUUGACCGCGAAAAGGAAAGCACGUAUACUUUCCGUCUAAAAGCUGUAGAUUCUGGAGACCCACCCCGCUCCUCCUAUGCUGGCGUGACAAUUAACGUUUUGGACGAAAAUGACAAUGCCCCUUACGUUACCAAACCAUCCAAUUCAUCAUACACAUUUCUAACCCCGCUAACACCACCCGAAACAACCAUUGAAGUCGUUGAAGCCGAGGACAUUGACUCUGGACCUAAUUCAGAUUUGGUUUUCACGAUUACAGGAGGCAACCCUUAUGGACUAUUCCACAUAUCGCCGUCAAACGGAGAAAUCACGCUGGCACAAGAAUUCACCGGAAAACAUAAUGGACUGCAUCGCCUGGUUGUAAAAGUUAGUGAUAAAGGAAAACCGCAACGCCACACCACAGCUUUAGUCCACGUUUAUGUGAAUGACACCAAAUCGAAUGUAUCGCAAAUUGAAGCUCUUGUUGGACACAGCUUGUACACCCCAUUGGACCACGACAUCGCUGGAGAUCCAAACUACAUCCUCGCACAACGUAACACACACAUUGUGUAUGGUUGUUUGGCCGGGCUUGCUGGUGUUAUAAUGGUUAUUGUGAUUGUUGUCGUGCUGCGCCAACGCUUGCAAAAAGAUACAAAAAGUGGCUACCAAGCGGGCAAAAAAGAAAGCAAAGAUUUGUACGCACCAAAGCAGGGACCGAAAAACAACAAAGCUAAAAAGACCAAAAAGGGGAAAGCGCCAAAACCGGCAAAACCACUAGAGGAAGAUGAGGAAGCCAGCUUGCAAAAGGGGCUGAAGUUCAAUCUGAUAAAUGACAACGUGAACGACAGCCCGAGAAUCCAUUUGCCGCUCAACUACCCGCCCGGAAGCCCCGAUUUGGGACGCCAUUACCGCUCGAAUUCCCCCCUUCCUUCUAUCCAACUGCAACCACAAUCCCCGUCCGCAUCCAAAAAGCACCAAGCUGUCCAGGACCUCCCCGCAACCAACACGUUUGUUGGGGAUAACAACUCCACCGGCUCGGAUCAGUAUUCGGAUUAUAGCUACAAGGCGCCGAAGUACAACAACAAACAGGUAGGCGACUACGCUAACACGCCUAUGUACAACAACCACAACAUCUACUGGACCAACCGCGUGUGGUAGCCAUUUUGGGGACUGUUUCCAUCCACUGCACUGACUUUCACCAACCCCUUUGACCCUUUUAUUUUACGUUCACCUUAUACAAAAGCCGCCAUUUUGUUUUUGCUUCAUCAUUGUUUUCAUUUUUUGUUGUUUGUACAUGUGCUUGGACACUACCACUUUCACCGUGAAGGAUUAAAAAAAGGGAUAGACCAAAAAUGGGUCACCAAAAAUUAUUUAUCAAUGAAUUAUUUUUGAAGGAUUGUUAAUAUUACUUUGCUGUAAAUGUUUAUUAAUUUUUAAAAAUGGACUUGAAAUGGUUCCAUAUUGGUCUAUCCUUGACUUAUAUGUGAUUUGCAUUAUUUUAAAUGUACGUGGCACUGGUUUUGUUCUUUUGAAAAGCUUUUUUGCUCUGUUACGUGUGUUCUGUUCUAUUUCCUGCUUCCGUUUAUUGACGGAGACUGUGAACUUUUGUACCUGUUGCUUUUUGAGACAGACUUGGACCAAUUUGAAGUGUUCACAAGCAAUUUUGAAGUGAUUUUAGACAGGUCAGGGAGUUGAAUACCGGAGCAACUAGCGAGAAGGAUCGCACAAAAUAUGAAGUCGGAACUGUGUCUUUUCAACCGAAGCUUAUUUAUGAAACUAUUCUAUUUUUCAGCCUGAAAUUUUUAGAGAAAAUUUUUUCAGAUAGUAAAAAUUGAUAAAAAAAUAAAAAAAUAAAAAUGUAAAAUAUCAACUCAACUUUAAAAAAUAAAAUAGUUCCAUACAAUAUAAAUAAGCUGUGGUUAAAUAAAGACAUUCUAGGUUUUCUACACUAUAACGAACCAGGGUACAGCUGAAAACAUUUAAGUGAAAUACAAUAGUGCUUUUAUUCUGAAAAACCCAAAUCUUUGCACAGAAAUGUCGGGCCACUUCCUCUUUUUGCCUUAAAUCUGGAGUGCCUUGGAACUGCUUUAUUUACUCAAAUUUAAACACAACAUUUGGGAAAAAUGGGGCCAUUUUGAGAGCAGACAAUCAACCAUGAGUUUGUAAAUAUUAAUUAUGAAUGUGUUUUAUGUUUUGUGCCGUUUUGUAUUCAUUUAAAUAUUAUUGUGUGGUGUGAAUGUGUUUGUCAUGGUCCCAUGUGCUAAGAAUUCAGCGCCAAAUUCAAUACAAUUUAAUGUUUUGACAAAUAAUAAUGUAGAGAGUUUGAGAUAGAGACAAGGCAAUAAAUAUUAAGGACUAAACCAGGUCUUAACCAGGACUAAAAGGGGACUAAACCAGAUCUAACCGAGCGCUAGACUUAACUACCGGUAGUACUACAAUUUCCUUAUUUAAAGCACUAGGACUAAAUAAAGACUGAACCAGAACUAAACUAAACUAAACCAGCCAUAAUCCAGUCUAAUUCAAGAACUAAACCAAGAUUAAAUUAGGACUAAACCAGAACUAAACAUAUUGUAAUGCUAGUACUUGAAACUAAACCAAGUCUAUUCUUGUCUCAAAUCUCUGCAAUCCAACAUUAUUAUUUUCAGAAAGCAUAUGAAUAAUUCUACCAGUGUCCAUAUUACCUCCUCAUACCAAAGACUACUACGAUAUUCCAUGGAUUAACACACAUUUUCAUAUCUCACUUCUGACCUGUUUGGGACAUCCUUGUACAGUGUUCAUAUUUGUUUUAUUACAGAAUUUAUUUCAAUAAAAGUGUUGCUAAAAUGU